GAGAUGGAAGUGAACAUGAGGGGGAUAUCCCUGAACUAGAAGCAGAACCUCCCAGAGUGUUAUCCAGUGUGUCUGAAGAUACUGUCCUCUGGAACCCAGGGCAGGGUGAGCACUGGGAGGCCAUGCCCAGGAGCUCCCGAGGAGCACUUGUAGGCCCAUCUUUUCUUCGGGAAGAUAGAUUCUCAAACCUGUGUAGCACAGAGACGGAUUCCCUCUUAAGACCCCACACAUGCCCUCAGUGUGGGAAACAGUUUGUAUGGGGCUCCCACCUUGCCAGGCAUCAGCAAACACACACUGGAGAGAGGCCCUACAGCUGCCUCAAGUGUGAGAAAAGCUUUGGGCGAAGACAUCACCUGAUCAGACACCAGAAAACCCAUUUACAUGACAAGCCCAGCAGGUGUUCUGAGUGUGGCAAGAAUUUUCGGUGCAACUCCCAUCUGGUCAGCCACCAGAGGGUGCAUGCAGAAGGCAAGUCCUGCAAGGGCCAAGAGGUUGGAGAGAGCCCUGGGGCCCGGAGGCGGCAGCAGCGUACCUCACCGGCGCCAAAGUGCCACAUGUGCACUGAAUGUGGGAAGAGCUUUGGCCGAAGGCACCACCUAGUGAGACACUGGCUGACCCACACCGGGGAAAAGCCCUUCCACUGCCCUCGCUGUGAGAAGAGCUUUGGCCGCAAACACCACCUGGAUAGGCACCUGCUGACCCACCAGGGGCAAAGUCCUGGGAGUGGCUGGGACAGGGGGACAUCUGUCUUUUGAAAUCGUUUCUGCUGUACCUGUGGUCAAGUCUAUCUGCGGUGCUACCAGUAACCACUGCCAGAGCUGCCUCUCUCCUGCACCCCAGUGGCAAGAAUCCUGAGCCUUGACCCCACCCCCAGAGAGCUAGCAGGCCAGCCCUGGCCAGAGCGUUUCUCGCCAGUUCUGUGAGGUAACACCUGAAAACAGUUCUUUGGGUGAAAUUCUGGGAAAAAAAUCAUACUGUGGGGGUGGCUGUUUGGCCUGAGCCCAUUCUCAAGGGCACAGCGGAAUCAGCAGUUAAAGCUGAGGUCCAUUCUCAUUGGUUAGUGUCUGGGCCAUACCGAUUUCUAAAUACUUUGUGUAUCAUCCUUGUCAACUAAUUCUCUCCAGAGAGAGAAAGUGAAAAGGGCCAUUUCCAUAUAUUAAAGGCUCUGAAAACUUCUGUAGUUAACUGUCACAUGUCUAUUAAUGCAGUAUUUCCUAAAUUUAUUUGAUCUCAGUAGCCUAUAUCAUAUCACACAGAACUGGUGACUUCAUGAAGUAGACUGUGGUGGACACUGGGUUAAAAAGGCAAUGAGGAAACAGGAAAUAGUGAUCGGGCACCCAGAGUCCCCAUUUUUAUCUGUAUGAAAGUAGUGGCAGGCCAGACGCUCCUGUGUGGGCCUGUCACCCCCUCCCCAUUGUUGCGCAUAGGUCUGCACCUCUCCUACCUGCUGAAAAAUGCCAUGAGUGACUUUUCAUUCGCUAUUCCACUCCGUCCUGCACACAUAAUAUCCAGCUGAGAGCUCAGGUUACAAAGCUAAAAGAUAGACCUUACACCUCCAAGCAAUCCAGGCCCGCACAGAAGAAAAACCUAUCCCCUCAAACAGACCCUUCUCUUGACUGUGUCUUUAUGUGUCUGUGUAUAUGUGUGCAGGGUAUUUGAAAGGAGCAUGCUCAGUGCAAACUGUACAAGCUAGGAAUUGUGUUCUGGGGAUAAAGGUAGUGGGGAUUGUAUAGGUCUUUUUGUUUGUUUUGUUUGAAGAUAAGUAACCUGAGUGAUAAAGGGAGCCCCUGUGGUAUGGUUCAGUGAUGGGUUAAGCUGUAGUCAAAGUUGUACUUGGUAUCACUGAGAUUGUGGAUUUGUAUAUCUGAGUCUGGAUCUCUGAGUUGCAAAUGAUUUUUACCUGAGAGACAGAAGUCAGUGUUUCUUGUUGGUUUCAGGGAAGGUGCUCACAGAUUGGUGCCAGGUGAGGGGUUUUGUCUUGUCUUGUUUUAGGUGCUGGAAAGUUAGGACAGGGAUCGCAGUGUUUGUGUUUGACUUUGAUAGCCUCAUCAGUGGAGAAGAGUUAUACUUGAACAUCUCAUUCUCCCAGAAACAAAAUUUAGGGGAAAAGGCUGUGGCUUAGUUUUUCAGCUGAUGCAGGGUAAUGAGUUUCUGACUGAUUUUCCUCCCAACUUUGGGAAGCUGUUCACAUCCAAAACCCUUUUACCGCUAAGAUGACCCACCUGGGGUUCGUGUAGGUACUCUAGCAUCUGUUGGUUCAGAAGUUGGUCAUUGUUUCUCUCUUUGGCGACUGUUAAUACCAUUCUUAGAACUUAAAAAAAGUUAAAUUUUAUUUUUAAGAAUAGUUUUGAGUUAGGGAAGAAAAGAAUCAAAAAAACAUGAAAGUGGGAUGUUUUCAAUGCUUACAUUCUGGUUUUCCCUCAAUGCAUUUCUCAAACACAGUUGGUGGAAUUGGCCAGAGAAGCAGGAGGAAAUGAUUUGCAAAAAGCUGGUUAAUAACUGA